CGGAGGGAGAGAAGGCCGACGCACAGAGCCAGACUGAACUGCAGCAGCGGCAGGGCUGGGCUCCACACACACACACACACACACACACACACACACCUUCAGCAGAAACACACACCAGCAAAGAAAAGGGAUGGCCUAGCCGUUUUGUGUUGUCAGCAGUCGAUCAGCAGUGAGCUACCUGGACCAGAGGUGUGUACCAGAGGCAGCAGCAGGUUGCAGAGAUGAGUGUGACCUCGUGGUUUCUGGUGAGCAGCGGGGGAACUCGCCACCGACUCCCCCGGGAAAUGAUCUUUGUUGGCCGGGAUGACUGCGAGCUCAUGCUACAGUCCCGCAGCGUGGAUAAGCAGCAUGCAGUCAUCAACUACGAGGUUGGGGCAGACGAACACAAGGUCAAGGACCUGGGCAGCCUGAAUGGGACAUUUGUGAAUGAUGUCCGCAUCCAGGAGCAGAUGUACAUCACUCUGAAGUUGGAGGACAAGCUGAGGUUUGGAUAUGAUACCAACCUGUUCACGGUGGUGAGAGGAGAGCUCACUGUGCCUGAGGAGGCUCUAAAGCAUGAAAAAUUCACUAGCGGACUGCAGCUCAGCAAGAAGCCGCCCAACAUUGAAACCCCGACACCCACAAGCAAGUCCCCCGCUAAGACCCCAACAAAGACGCCUAAGUCCCCCAGUAGCAACACUCCAAGGCAAGUGGAGAAGAGAGCAACAGACGGGGUCCCUUCCUCCAAAGAGCCUCCAGCUAAAGCUGUGGACACUCACAAAGCAGAGGAGAGGUUAGCAGGGGAUGUUACAGCGCUGCCUCGUGGGACCCCCCUCUACGGCCAGCCGUCUUGGUGGGGGGAUGGGGAUGCGGAUGAUGAAAACUCCUUCAAACAGGAAACCAAGACAUCCAAUAAAAAACAUGACAGCUCCAUGUCAGACAGCAAAGAGGCUCGUCGAGGGGAGAAAGCUAAAGACGACAGCCUUAAUGCGUCCUCCGCGCACGAUUCCAGUUACUUUGAGAUGCCUACCAAGGAGGGUCACAUGGCCAAUAACGGCAUCCAUGAGAUUCCCACCAAGGACACAGAGGGCACCUCCACUGCAGCUCAAGGUCACGCCUCCUUCACCAUAGAGUUUGACAGCACUUCUCCAGGGAAGGUCACCAUUAAGGACCAUGUGUCAAAGUUCAUACCCGACCACCACAGAUCUCGCUCCAAGAAGAGUGGAGCAGGAAGUGGAGGAGCAUCAGGGAGGGACUUAAGCACGCUGCAAGCCGCUAUGAUGGCCUCGGAGAGCAAGGUGGCUGAUUGGCUGGCCCAGAACGACCCCACUCUGGUGCGCAGCGAGUCAACGGAGGACGACAGCAAGAGCAUCAAGAGCGACGUGCCGGUCCAUCUCAAAAGGCUAAAAGGCAGCAAGCAUGAUGACGGGACCCAGAGUGACUCAGAGAACGGAGUGGGCCUACGUUUUGCCAACCGCCGCUAUGCCCUCGAGGAACGCCUAAAAGCAGCACACAGCCUCGCUGGAGCGGGAGGGGGGAACAUCACCACGAGCGCGUCCAGAACAGGUGGCAGCCGCACUUCCUUCAUGAUCGAGCUAUACGACGAGGAAAACCCUCGCAAGCGUCGUUCGUAUUCAUUUUCCCAGACUGCACCCCUGCAGGGGAUAGGAGCUGGCGGGGAGGGACUGUUUCCCCAGCCUCCCUCUCACCCCAAGGUGUUCAGCAUUUCCACCUCUGCUGCUACAGCCUCAGACUCAGGUAAGGUCCCAGCGCCGAUACCAGCUACAGUGACUGCAGGGGCCCCUACGGCUGCCCGCGUCCUUCUCAAGCAGAGGUCAGAGGACCUGAGCAUCGGUCGCAGCUCAAUCAGUACCGGGCUGGCGACAGGCAGCCCCACAAGCCCCAGCGAGGACGCCUCAGUCGUUGGGAGGGGGGCGGGAACUGCUGGAGGGGAGGCAGAGGACGACCACAGCGAUAAGGGGACCUACACUAUCGAACUGGAGAACAGGAAUGCAGAGGAAGAGGAGGCCAGGCGCAUGAUAGACAAGGUGUUUGGUGUGCAGCAGAACCAGGAAGACUCCUCUAUUCUGUCAGACCUGAAGGGAGAAGGAAAAGGAAAGGAGACGGGAGAGGCGGGGAAAGAGGCUCUUGCUUGCGACUCGAGCUGGGUCUCUGAGUGGGCCAGUCUAGCUGCCAAUCACACCAGGACAGACCCAGAGGGCUCAGGAGCAGAAACAGCCGCCUUCCUCCACAAAGAGAGAGGAACUGAUGCCUUUGAGUCCGGUGCGUCCCUCAGCAGAGGUGAAUCCUCCUCCAGUCUGAUCGACCGUAAGCGCAGGACCCUCCCCCAACUCCCUGUGGAUGACCCUCGGGCUAAAUCCAUCACCAAAGCUCUCGGACUGAGGUCCGAGAUUGGGGAGAAACAGGACACUGAACCCCAGGAAAAAGAAAACAAGGGAGACGGGGAAUCCCCGACUCCCAUGAGGGACGGUGAGAUGACAAGUAAACGGAAACAAAGCUCCACAUCCUCACCAUCCAAGACUGCUCUCCGGUCCUCUGGCAGCGCUGAGCGGAGGAAGAGGUCAGAGGAGAGGAAAGGCGGAGGAUCAGGAGAAGGAGGGGAGAAGUCUGGGAAGCCUCUAGUGCGCCAAGGCAGCUUCACAAUUGAGAAACCCAGCGCUAAUGUCCCCUCAGAGCUCAUCCCACGCAUCAACAGAGGCGGCAGUGGGCGCGAACGCAGUGACUCUGUGGGCAGCAUGGACACUGCUACGCUCCUGAAGGACACUGAAGCUGUCAUGGCAUUCCUGGAGGCCAAACUCAGAGAUGAAAACAAACUAGAACACAAAAGCAGUAAAAGUGGCGUCCCCUCUCGGACUGACUCCAUCUCUCCGGAGUCAGAUGUUGACACGGCCAGCACAACUAGUCAUGUGGCCGGAGAGGCGGAGAGGAGAGCACUGGAUGGCGAACAUAAACGACGUUCCUUCAGCAGCAUGCACCGGGAGAAGAGCAACAUCAGUACCACUUCCAAGACCAGCGUCACCAACGCAAGUGCCCGCGACCGCUUAGACAGGAAGACUAAAACAAGAACUACGGAAAUGACAAGCCGGGCUGAUGCACGGCGCUCUGUUCAGCCGUCCUCUGCCUCCUCCAGAGCACGCCACCCCUCUGUGGAUCUCACUGAUGACGACCAGACGUCUUCCUUCCCCAUCUCUGACAUCCUCUCCUCAGACCAGGAGACCUACUCUGGACCUUUGGGCCGCUCAGCACACGGACGUGGCUCGGAUGAUGUUCUCCAUUCCAAACUGGAUAGUAGGUCUACUAAAACCUCCAACAGUGGAUUCUCCAAGAGCAAGAGCACUCUCCAGUCAGGUACAGCCUCCUCUAUGAGCAAGCAGGCCGCACUGCCUCAGCCACGGCCCACAAGAGCCUCCCUUCUCCGCCGCGCCCGGCUGGGGGAUACCUCUGACACAGAUCUAGCCGAUGCAGACAGGCAGUCCGUGGCGUCCGAGGUGUCCACCACCAGCUCCACCUCUAAACCCCCAUCAGGGCGAAAGGGAUUGUCACGACUCGACCUGCUGGCUCAGCCGCGUCGGACCCGUGUGGGCUCCAUCUCAGCCCGCAGUGACUCAGAGUGCAUAGUGACACGGAGCUCCACCUCUUCACCCCGUCUGUCAGCUGAGACCGCUCUGCGUCUGGGCCUGCGCUCGUCAACGCCAACAGAGAGCAGGCUGACACCCAGGAUGAGGGCCAACAGCGUGUCCAAACUGAAUGAGACCAGGACUAAGACCACUACAUCUGGAUACUGCUCGCCCACAGAGAGCUCUCAGCCCGAACCUGAGGGCGGUGAUGCAGAGGAAGAGCUGAUGGUGUCCAGUAGCAGCAGGUGGAGACGUCUGCCGCCGGAGUACGGCUCCACCUCAGAGGAAGAGUUUGGCUCCAACAGGAAUUCUCCGAAGCACGGAGGACGCUCCCACAUGCGGCCUCAUCACCUUGCACCACAUCGCAGCUCCAGACUUGGCACCGCCGCAAGCCCAGGCUCCAGCGUGGUGACGGGUCCGGGCGGAGGGGUGAUCAAACACCGCAUGAAGGAGCAAGAGGAGUACAUCAAGGACUGGACGGCACACAGCGAGGAGAUAGCCAGGAUCAGCCAGGACUUGGCUAAGGACUUGGCCAUCUUGGCCCGUGAGAUCCACGACGUGGCUGGCGAGAUCGACUCCGUCAGCUCAUCUGGCACGGCACCCAGCACCACCGUCAGCACCGCAGCCACGACCCCGGGAUCAGCCAUCGACACUCGGGAAGAGUUGGUGGAUCGGGUGUUUGAUGAGAGCCUCAACUUCAGGAAGAUCCCGCCUGUGAUUACAACCAAUAAGGCGCCAGAGAUCAACGGUAAGCCGGUGGAGCUCCGCCCCCGUGCCCCUGAUAGUCUGGAGCCUCGAGCUCUGAGGAGACGCACCUGGAACCGAGAGGAGGCCGUGUUGGACAGCCUGCUGCUCAAUUCAGUUUCCCAGCUGUCCACCAAGAUCAGACACUCCAUCGACAAAACAGCAGGAAAAAUCAGGAUAUUGUUUAAAGAUAAGGACAGGAACUGGGAUGAAAUUGAGAAUAAACUGCGAUCGGAGAGUGACAUGCCACUCCUGAAAACCACCAACAAGGAGUUCUCCUCAAUUCUGCUCGAACUGAAGAGAGUUGAAAAGCAGCUUCAAGUGAUCAAUGUGAUGGUUGACCCGGACGGGACUCUGGAUGCCCUGGUCAGCCUCGGCCUGCCCAGCCCCACCACCCCUAGCAAGCCCCAAACCGCCAAAACAACUUCCCCCUCUGCCACCAGCCCUGGGUCUGCGCUCCCAGCCAAAGAGUCACUGCCAGAGAUCUUUCCUGGGCCUGGAGGAUCAGCAGCCUGCGCCAAGGUUCAAGCAUCCAGCACAGAGGAGACUGCACGAGACCCCGGCAAGAGUCUCGGGUUAACAGGAGUCGGAGGACGGACCUUCAACCGCAUGCGCCCGAGCGGAGAGGAGGCCAUCGCACAGAAAUAAACAGAAAGAUUCCCUGAAAUUAAUGUCAUGUGAAUAUACAGAAGUCUGGAUUGGAGUGCAGAUGGUGGCAGUCAGCUGACUACAGCAGUCUAGGAUUAUGGGUAUAAUAAAAACACAUUUUAGUUAAAGUUUUACCAGACCAGCCCGGAAAUGAAGUGCUUCAACUGAGCUAAACGCCAACUGAUGCAUGAUGGAUACACCCUCGAACGGAGGUUCACCCACGAAUGAUUUGGAUGAAGUAAUAUUACGAGCUGUUCAUGCUUACUGGCCAACCUGACGUCCCGGUGGACUGAAGGCUACCUGGCGUCUCAGUGGACAGAUCUCUGUGGUUGGACAGUCUCCACACACUCCUCCUCUUGCCUUCUCCAUGUGUCUGGACCCUACCUACACUAAGGACAUGCCUUAAAACACAUCCUCAAUAGUAGCAGCCCGUCCCCUCAAAUAAUAUACAGAACCACUUUUAAGACUUUAAUACAGUACUUUCAGACAAACAGAAUGCAUUGUAAAAUAAAAUCACAUGUUCUAUUUACACUAUGAUGAAAUACAGCACACUUCAGCCAUUUAUUAGCUCUUGUUCAGUACAUAGAAUAUUUCAGCAGCCUUAAGUUACCACCUGACAAACAACACGGUCACACAGACAUGGUUUACACCUGAAACUUCACAAAUCAAGCAGAAUUGCAAAUGUUUUCGAUAUUUCAUAACUCUAAUAACCGUCCAUUGAUGCGUCUCUAUGCCCCCCCCCCCCCCCCUCCAUCUCUGUGCUCACCUAUUUCUCCUUCCCCCACUAUGUUUUACUCUUUCCCUUCUGUCCUUUCUCUCCCCAGUAGUGUGUCACUCCAGUAGCAUGUACAGGACAGCUGAGCGCGAUCUUCCUGUAAGUAAGCGUCUGUGUUGAUCUUACUAAUACUGAAUGGGAGUUUUACACAAUAAUAGUAAGAGCCUUUGGGAAACCAAUGAUCAUUUUCAGACUAAAUAAUCACUUACCAAAGUUAACAAGUUUGUUGAUAGUGUCAUUUUCAAACCGUUGAGCCAUCUUGAAAUUCAUCUGUUGUGCAAAAGCCUGAGAAUCUGUAUUUAAAAUAUGGCAGUUCAUCUCAUAUGUCUCAGUUCACCCCUUUCUCUCUCAUUUUUCAUUCAAAUAGGUUAUUUAUUACAAAAAUGAAACACUAGUUUAAUCAUUACUGCCCGAUCUGUUUUGGCCUGUGAGAAUCGGAGCCCUUGGCGUUCUGCGACAUCCACUCGAGCGUCCUAUGAUUUCCAAUUGGCUUUUUUUCCAGUCACGGGUGAUGUGACGUGUUUUUAAACGAGCAAUGAUGAGCAAAAGUAAUGGUUAAAACUAAGUAUUUUAUAAUAUUUAGAUACUGGUAUUGUAUAUAUUUUAGACCUUUUCAUUUUUUUUAAUGCUUUUAAAUUGCCUCGCAAAAACAAACUCUUUUCUUUGUCACUUUAAGUACACGCAAAACCUGAAUAUUGAAAAGCUGCUGGAAUUGGUUUUUAAUUAACGUGGAGGCCUUUUGUGGUUCAAAAUGUGUCUUUGAGGAACGUCAGUGAGUAGAAAUAAACACACCUCCCUCUCUGUUUUAUGAAUGUUGCUUGUAAUUCGGCUUCAUAUCGAUGUAUAUAGGUGCAUUCUUCUAUUCCCCGGGGACUGAUACUGCAGUACUGCAGACAGUAUGGUUAACCUCUUUCUCAUUGACUUUGCUGCUUUUCUAUUUACUUCAUGGGGACUAACCAUUUUCUGAAUCUCUCCUCAGCGUAUAGUCUGUGUUCUAGAGUAAGAUGACUUAAAGGCAGCGUAUUAGUACUUAGAUACUCUUGCAAUAGUGAAUUUAGGUACCAGAAUACAUGUUCAUUUCCUUCUCUCUACUAUACUGUACAAUGUUUUUUCAAUGCCUCAAAGUGCCCAUUUUAACUAUAGAAAGGCAUCGAUUAAAAGAAAAGAAAAAGACGUAGUUAUCUAAAAGAUUUCUCUUAUUUUGCACAUCAGAUUGUGGCGUUUCUCAUUCAGAAGUAGUGAAGAAGCAGCGAAAGGCUGCAUCAAAUGUCAAAUGGUUUGACAGAAUGAUAUCACUUUGAUAUCAGAAGUGACUACCUUGCCUCUAACCGUGUUAUUUUUCCCUCCCCCCCCCCCCCAUUUAAUCAAAAUAAAUGAAAUGAGGGGACUGUGAAUGCUAGGUACAUGUUUAUUUUUUAAAUUCUACAUGUGUCAUCUGAUCAGUGUUCUUUGUCAUUUUUGUAAAGAAAAAAACACCAAUUUUAUUUAUUUUUUGUUGAAUAUUUUGUGGAUGUGUCAUGUAUUUUAUAUUUGUUCCACUAUCUGCAUUGUUUCUUACUGUUAAUAAAACAGAGACAUUCACUUG